GUUUUCCAGCACUUACUAUUCAAGUACAUAUGAUUACAUUAAAUUGUCAAAGACUCAAUUUCCCGUGUAUUUCACGAGAUAUACCCUCUUACGGUCUUCCGAUACGAAAAUAUUUAAAGUGUUCAUCAACUCAUAUAAUUAAAAAGUCCAUGUUUCUUCCUUGUUGUUAGCUAGAAUGAGGUCAUAAACACCACAUUGGUGCUGGGUGAGGUAGUCAUCCACAUCGGCGAGACGGAAUUUUUCAAGGACAUACACGAUCUGUCACCAGGGACGUCACUGAAUGAAUGAAGUGUGACCGUUGUGGUAGGGAAAGGAUCCUGAAAACACGUAGAUUACAGCCAUGUUGGAAAAUCCAUUAUACCAUGCCUGUAUAUAUAAACAAUCAGAGACUCGAUAAUCGAAUACCCUCAACAAACAGAGUAUGUCCGGGACGGACUCCGAACCCGAUGACAAUUUUGUGACACCCGUCGGUUCACCAGACAAAUGGCAAACGGAUUUGCCUGCCAUUGUCCUGAAUAAUGCAGCGUCUGAAGAAAGCCUGGACGUCUUUGAAGAUGUGGAUCACCCAAAGCAAAGCAAACAUAAUCGGAGAGGAUCUUUUUCUACAAAUGACUUACGAAAGAAAACAGAGAAAGAGAAUACCUUACCGAAACACCGUCUGGGUUCCAUUGAUAUCUGUAAGAGCAAUUUUAUAUCUGCUCCACCUUACACCAGCAGGUCAGUGUCUUUAGAUGAUGGCGUCAAGGACCAGAUAUCCGAGACGUAUGAUGUGGACUGGAACGGAGCCACCAGACAAAGGGGCGUGGUCCUCGUGUCAGACGGACAAAAGGAAGGUGAAGUGAUCCAGCAACUGGACGUAAUGGGACUUUACGAAGACAGGAUCCAUAAAGACCAUCUACGUCAUAACUAUGAUGAUUUUAGUCCCCACUCUCCCGUGGUAAUUCAUUCUGCAACCAACGUUAUUCAGGAUUCAUUAGUUUAUCUUAACCAACCAGAGAAAGAAGAGCCGACGUCAAAUUCAAGAGGAAAAUUGUCAUCGCUUCUAAGUAUAUUCAAACAAGAAGACAAAGUUUUUGUGGAAACACGCGCCUUCCAGGAGGCCGAGGAGAUACUAGAAAAUUACUUCCGGGUCAUGUUAACAGGACAACCAGGUGACGGAAAGUCAGCCAUUGCUAAGCAUCUCAUAGUCAAGAAAUAUAGACAAGGCUUCCGUUUUGUUCUCUUAAAUGGAUCAACCGAUUUCGAAUCAGUGAAGUUUGAUGAAAAAAUGCUUUUAUUUUUCGAUGAUAUUUUUGGAGUGACUGUCUUUGACCGAUCUCGAACUGAGGAUAUUCAGAGAAUUUUGUGGCAGCUAGACAAUAUUGUUAUGGAUAGAUGUGGAGAUGUAUUGAUGAUCAUGACGUCACGUACACACAUUCUCCAAGAAGCUAUGAAGGUUUUAAAGAACCCCGAAUUUGUCUCAAAAGUGACCACAGAUCUCGCAGGUCAUUUGAAUGACAGAGAAAAAAUGCAAAUAAUGCGAAAACAUUUCAAGUUUUUCAACAUACAGAGAGAAGAGUCAUUUUUUGAACAAGCGAUUGUACUAUCUCCGAACCAUGGCUUUCCACAUUGUGUUCAAAUGUUUGCUCAGUCUCCAGCGUUGAGAAAAAGAGGUGUUGACUUUUUCAGAUCUCCAAUAGAAUAUUUAAUGCAGAACCUGAAUGUUAUGAAGACAGCGAAACCACUAGAAUUUGCAGUGCUAGUUUAUACUGCAUUAAGAGAUGGUAGAAUAAACAGAUACGUGAGAAAAUUUCCCAAUCAAGAUGCAUUAAGAAUGGAAUUCAUAAAGAAGAUGAUCGGUGUAGAAUCCGUAUUAGACCUUUCCCAAAUACUGUCUUGUAAAUCCGAAGACCUGAGUUUGUUCCUAUCAGACAGCGAAAACAUUAGGAUAUUUCGUCAUCCUAGUAUUCAAGAUGCUGUGACUUUUAUGAUGGGUGAAGAGUCUACAUCUGAUAUCAUCGACAUUUGUUCGUUCGAUUUCAUUUCAGCUAGAAUUAGAACAUCUCGAUACAAAUGCCAGAACAAUGAAAAAAUCAUAUCAGUCCAGCGUCAACACUUUCCAAUUAUUGCUCAAAGACUGGUGGAAGAAAUAAAACAUGGCAAUAUUAGAGAUGUGUGUUUCCAUCAAGCAAUGACCGACCAAGAAUUUGUCUCCGUCUUUUGCAAAGCAUCCACAUUGAGUAAAUGUUUGAAUGGUACAACGACCCAAGCUGAAGCAGAACUGUUGUCAUACGUCCAGUUUGAUACCAUACACAAAUUCUUCGGUUCUCUUCUCUAUUGGUCCUCUGUGGCUAACAACACGUGUCUUACUCAGUCUCUUCUUCAGAUGGAUGGAUUGCAAUGGUUACUUGACAGUGAAAGAGACUGGACGCAAAGGCAACUGAGAGAGUCUUUUAUUUUCACAAUUCUCCAUGGAACAGACGUUGUCUUAGCUAGACACAUAGGUAGAUUAAUUGAUGACAACGUUUCUCAAGGCACAACAAUAUUUACUCAAGAUAUUCUCAAUAUCUUAAAAGAACCGUUGUAUUCACAGAUCUUUUCUGAAGUGUCUUUAAAAUUGUCACCGCUACAAGCGGCUACAUUGAGCAUUGGAUCAGCCUCUCUAGACAUUGGGAAAUUUCUUUUACCAUUUACAAAACAGACGGAUGAUCUUAAGACGUCUUUUUCAAUGGCAAUGAAAUUGCGAAGACAAGACAUUGUUGAAGCAUUUCUAACUCUGACUAAUUUAAGUCUUGACCGUGAAAACAUACUUUGUGCUUUGAGAAAUGGAGAGUUUACAUUUGUUAAAAAAUAUGCCAAAGCUGAUCUCAUUUGGUCAUCAAUGAAAUCAUUCAAUGAUGAAGACAUUAUGACUAUUUUUGCACAAAUCGAUUCACCAGCUUUCCUUGAUAUCUUCGCACAAUUAGAACAAAAGGAACUCAAACGCCUCUAUCGUAAAGGUCUACCUUACGUUAAGAGCGUGGAGGUUGCUUCUGCACUAACACAAACUUUAACCACUGUGGACAUCUCUGAAUCAUCUCUUGAUAUUUUUCAGAAUACUGUGAAUAAAGAUGUCCUAGAGUUUCUCAUAGCUCAAGGAGCUGAUGUUAAUGUUUGUGAUAAGGAAGGUCUAACUCCCCUAUUCCUUGUAAACGACCAUUCGAUCCUCACGAAACUACUAGAAAAUGGCGCCUCAGUCAAUUCUAGAGAGAGCAUAUCGAACAGAAAUGCUUUAAUGCACCAUGGGACCAAUGGAACUCUUUCUUGUUUACUUUUUGAAACAUUUUUGAAACAUGGAACACCAAUGAAAGAAUUUUGCAGCAAAGGCCAGAAUUUACUCAUGCAAAUUAUUAGUUCCUGGAAUGUUAGAAAACACACGGAAGUCAGGAAGAACGAACUACAGCUACUGAAAAUGAUAAUCACAGAAACCGAAGACUUCGAUUUAUGUGAUAAUCAAGGCAAUAAUGUGCUACAUGUAUGUAUGUUAGCUAAUGUGCCUUUAUGUGUCUUUGAGCUUAUCCUAGAGAAGAAGUGCAAAAUCAAUACAAAAAAUCUGGCAGGAUUUGCGCCAAUUCAUCUAGCUGUUAGCUUUGUGUAUACAAAAUCAAAGAAAAAGCAAUGGAAACCAAUUAUGCUAGAACAUCUACAAUGCCUGCUCCGCGCAGGUGCGGAUGUCAACAUACAAAAUAAAGAUGGCGACACAAUUCUGCAUUUGGUGAUGAAAAGUUUCGUCGAUAGGCUUAAUUACUAUGACGAAAGGUUAACAUCUUAUGAGAAACUGAAUGAAGAAAGCAGGUUUACACUGAUAAAUAGUGCAAUAGAUCUUCUUUUGUUGUACAACAUAGAUUUAAACAAACGUAAUGAAGAGAGAUGCACUGCCUUUAAUUUGCUUUCAAAGACACGAUCGAGACGAAGUUUACAGAUAGUUGAGAAAUUUUUGCAUCAUAAAGCAGAAUUUGGAAUGUCAGAAUUCUUAACAAUCUUGGCCAUAUGUUCAAAACAUGAAAACAGUAUUCAUUCAUGGAGUGUAAUGCAAGCAUAUAAGGAAUUUUCUUCCUUGCGUUGGAGAGACGUAUUUGCUAGUAGCCAUUGCGCACGUUGUGAGGACUAUUCGUGUUUCGUACAACUGAUUAAAAGCCAUGAAGCUUCUGAGCACACGGUUAUAGGCACUCUUCAGUCUGUUUCUAGUCUUCAAAUGAACACAAAGGAAAGAAUACUGAAGACAAUCGUUGCAAUUUUGAGCGAGUCUCAUCUGGAAGGGUUAAAAUUAGUUUGUGCUUCAAUAGAUGAUGGUUGCAACUCAUUCGAGAAGUCGGAAUUUGUUUCGGCGCUAUUCUUUGGGAUACUGGCAUAUGUACUCCAUUUCUUUAAUUAUCGAAGAACUUCUAUUAUCAGAAUUCGUGAUGUGGCUUCAAUGAUAAGUCAAGACAUAGAUGUUUUAAUCCUUAUGCUAAGCAAUCAUUCCCAAGUGUGCGAAAACAGACAACUGAAUCUGCUGAUGAACUAUCUGGAAUCUGAUAUGGACGAUGAAACAAUUAUGAAUUCCGUCAUACCAGUGCUUUUACCGGUUAAGUUUGAUGUAGAUACAGAAAUUAAUGACUCUACACUUUUAAUCGGUGCUUUGAAAUCCCCCGUCUCUCGUCAAAAGUUAUUGCAGUUCCUUUGUGAUAAAGGAGCAGACGUCAACAAAUGCAUAGGGACAAAUAAGAAACAAUCUCCUCUCUUAACCGUUCUGAUUAAUGAUAAUAAAAAGGUACAGAAAACACUCACAUACGAUAAUCUGUACAAACGAUUUACAUUUAUUACCUCUGACAAGGAACUUUGUGGAUCCACUCAGCUUCGACUGCUGCUGCAAAAUGGAUUGAACCUUCGAAAGGCACAUACCUUGUUCAAUUACGUUAGUAUAGAAGAUUGCUGUUUGAAGUCACUGAAACUUUUGAUGAGUCAUGGUUUAGCUGCAGAUGAAGGAGACGAUACUGGACAGACGUUGCUACACAAAUUAUGUUCACCCUCGAAUCUCUCCGAGACGGUAAAGAAACCUUUUAACAGGUUGGACAUCUUGCGCCUACUUUUGUCAUUCGAUUGUGAUUUGAAUAGGCAGGAUAAAGAAGGAAACACUCCUGCACAUCUGUUGUCGAUGAGAAGGCACCAAAAUGGCUUAGAAGAGUUAAUCUCAAAAGGAAUAGACAUAAACUUGCAAAACAGGAAAGGCGAGACGUGUCUACAUCUAUCUGCUGAUAAUGCUGCGAGUGUACAGUGUUUAAUUCAGUAUGGGUGUGAUGUUAACCUAACCACCAAAGAAGGUCUUAACGCUUUACACUCCUUUUUCUCUCUGUCAUCGGAAAUUAAAAAGCCGAAAAGGGGUCUAACUCUUGCAAUAGAGAAAAGGUUUCAAGAUAUACAAGGUCUCAGAGUGAUCAAUUUACUGUUGGAUGCUGGGAUUGAUAUCAAUGCGCGGGAAAACCGUGGCAUGACCGUGUGUCAUAUGGCAGCGUACUUCUUUGAUGCAAAAUGGAUAAAUGAGAUAUUUAGACUUCUUAUACGCAGCGGGGCGAAUGUAACAUUACACGAUAAUGAAGGAAAAAGUGCAAUCCAUCACCUUCUUUGUCGUAUGCAAACAUCCAACCAAGAUGUGGUAAAACUGUUGAUGCCCGCCCUAAAAAUCCUGAUCCGCCAUGACUCUAAGUGUUUGGAAGAACUUAAAUUAAGGAGUCAUUCCGAGUCUGACAAUAGUCCAGAAUUAUCAGACCUCUUUAAUAAUUCAUAAAUACAAAGAGUGGUUAAUAUAUAACUUUUAUUGCUGAUUUAUUUUUGUAUUGAAUCAUCAAGUCCUAUUAAUAUUAAAACAAAAUACAAACAUAAAUUGUAUAUGCUUCAUAUGAAAGACAAACUUCGAUUUUGUUU